AUGACGAACCUGCUCUCUCUGCCAACCGAAAUUCUUUGCCAGAUCGCCCAGCAUGUCCCCACCAAAGAUCUGAAGCACAUGCGUCUCGUUUGCAAGUCGCUCCACAACGCUGCAAACAGACCUUUCGGCAUCGCGUACUUCGCCAAUCGCCGUCAUGUCCUGUCUAGGGGCAGCAUCAAGGCCCUGCUGGAGAUUGUGACCCACUCAGGCUUGGGUCCGUACGUCAGCUCGGUUACGAUGAUCGCCCUAUCUCCUCCAUCACUGAGCGUCUAUAUUUACUCCCAAAUAGCCGUAGACGAAGCUUCUAGAGAAGCAUUCGUCAAUUCACGCGAGUACAUGCUUUUGAUGAAGCGAGUGUUUGACAAAAUUCUCAAGUAUCAACGUUCUGUCCACAUCAGCAUCUGUGAGCCGGACCUCACUGGUCAGGAAUUUUCGAGUCACUGUCUGAGCUUCAAGGUCUCAAGAACUUUGCGAUUGAGGGCCUCCACCGUCCUCGUUACUGGAAGCUGUUCCAUCUUCCUGUUACCACUGAGAAGCAUGAGAUCAGUGGUGACGAUGUGA